UCACUGUUGUUACCAAAUAGUGUAUAAUAUUAUUAAAGUAUUUAUAAAUAAAACAGAACAAAAUGGACGUGGAGACUGCAAGUUAUGACUUUGAAAAUGACUCUGAACUUGACACAGAAUCCUCAUUGAGUGAUGACGAAGACGCAACACUCUUAACAUCUCACAUAAAUUCAGGUUAUGAAGCCAUCGUCCAGAGCAGUGGACAUCAUAACAGAAAAGGAGGAAUUUUAUCCUCAGUGUUUACGCUGGUUUCCACAAUGAUUGGUGGUGGUCUGUUGUCUUUACCAUUUGCAUAUGAGCAAGGUGGAUUUGCAGUUGGCUCUGUCGUGUUGGUAUUUGUUCUAGCAGCUUCAACAUAUGGAGGCUUUUUGAUUAUUAAUAGUAAAAAGUAUUGUAGUGGUCGUGUUAAAAACAUUGAAGAUGUGGCAAAAGUGGCUUUUGGAAAGAAGGGACAGCUAGUUGCUCAAAUUCUUCUGAUUAUCUUGCUGUAUUUAUGUACAGUGGCAUAUUUUAUUCUCAUCACUGAUCAGAUGGAGCCCAUUCUUAUUUUCGCAGUUGGUCCCGGGACGGUGUGGAGUAAAAAAUUAACAUUGCUCUCUUUUGUGCUGGCUGUUGUUUUUCCAAUAUCCUUACUAAAGAAUCUUUCUGCUUUAAAAUAUACUUCAAGUCUCAGUGUGAUAUGCGGUGUGCUGUUGUGUUGCUGUGUCGUGUACCGUUCAGUAAAAUCUGACCUUGGUGGACCUAUCUACGAUCAAGGGAAUCCAGUGAAGUGGCACCCUUUAUCAGUUCGUGAACUCUUAACGUGCAUCUCGAUAGCAGAGUUGACAUUCUCAUGUCAUUUUAAUAUUUUGCCCAUGCAUAGUGAGUUGCGUAAUCAAACGCGGAAAAAUAAAAGACUGAUUCUGUUUCUGGCGAUGGGGAUAACUUAUGUGAUGAAUUUCAUUAUUAGCUUUUUUGGUUAUUUUCAGUUUCGUCGAUAUACAGACCAAGAUAUCACUAAGAACUAUCGCUCUGAUGACGUCGUUGUUACUUGCGGGCGCGCCGCACUUUGUUUAUUACUUAUACUUAGCUAUCCGUUGUUAGUGGUACCGUGUCGGGCAACAUUGAAUAAGAUGUUUUGGCAUAACGACAGAUCUCCUUCCAAAUUUGCCCUACUUAUUUCUAACGAAAGACUAAAUGGACCAAACAAAUUUGUUUGGUUUAUCGAGACCGUUGUAUUAGUUGGUACUAGUUAUUUACUAGCAUAUCUUGUUCCACAAGUCAACAUGGUAUGGGGCUUUGUUGGUUCCGUUGGAUGCACGACAUUAAUUUAUAUUCUUCCUCCCGCAUUUUAUCUGCGUGUACGUCAUCAUCCCGCAAGAGCAGACAUAAAAAAGAUUUCUGCCGUGAUUUUGCUCAUUUCAGGAUUAUUUAUGUUGGUAGCUGGUCUAUAUCAAUCCAUUUUGAACAUAAUUUCGCCGUUACCGCAAUCACUUCCCUAUGAGGAUAUCACGAUAAAUACCAAUUUUACACUGGCAUGAUAAAUAGAUACUG